AUGGAGCCUAUCAAUAUCUUCGACACCUUCGCUGGCAACUCCCAAUUCUGUAACCUUGCAAGUCUUGAAAAGAUCAAGCCGUACAAGUAUGAGGGCUUUGUCAAUCCGACAUUCUCCCACAAGACCACGAUGUCUGAGCAGUACCGCCUGAUUGAAGAAGCCGAAUCGAACUCAAUCGCCAUGAAGGCCUCCGAGCAGUCCGACCUCGACGAGAACGCAAACCAUCACCCCUCUACUUCUCAAGUGAUUCCCGCCAAUACCAACUGGUUCGGCGUCAAUGAUGAAGCAUUCCGCGAGGCUAAUGGAAAGUGCUUCAACGGCAUACCUUACUCUGCUACGAAUGAGUUCUACACCGAUGUUCCUCACCGUGCUCUACGCAACGUCUACGAAGAGAGUAGUUUCCCUGGCACCUACGCAUAUAUCAUGAAGAAGUAUAAGGAUCAGUUUACCGACAAGGAUCUUCAGUCCGUACUUUCUAGAAUUGAGUACAUGCUCAGUGUUCUCUGGCUUGCUGCAAACCAUCCUAGCAAUCCACUUGAUCGUGCCGAGGGUAGAGAGUGGCUUUCUCUUCUUCAAAAGAGAGUGGUAGCAGGAGGUGGCAGUGCAUAUUCAUUGAAGGCCAUGGAGUUGAUGCGCGCCGCCAAGGAGUUGGAUAAGACUCGAGAGGAUGAGCUGCACGUCUCUCAACCUGUUCUCGAGGACGGAUAUAUGCAUGAGGGUCUCAGUGAUGAGGAGACGGAUGCUCCACAAUCUGUUGUUGGAGACGACAACACGGAUGGAAGCGUCUCGGAUGGAAGCGGCUCGGAUGGAAGCGUCUACGAUGAGGAGUUGGUGGUUCCACAGCCUAUCAAUGAUAACAACCUGCAGGGAGGCUUUAGUGGUGAGGACCAACCGAUUGACAAGAAAACCAAGGCAGUGAACCGCAAGAAGAUUUCCGGCAAGGAGGCUGUCGCCAAUGACUUGGAGGAUGCAUCAAAGCCCGAGGAAGGAGGUCACGUUUGUGAAGGUCAUGAACAUGGAGGAGACAGCGAUGGAGAGAACCUCGUCAACACACCUAAAGUCUCGAAGGUCAAGAAAGGCAAGAGUUGUGGGAGAGGCAAGGGUAUCCUCUAUGAUGGUAAAAUCUACAUGUCCAACGACAAGCGCCCUGCUACCCUUCGUUGGUGGAUGCGUAGAUGCCUGGAAUGUAUCCGCAGAGGAAGAUGGUGCAUCCGCAUCCAUGGCAAUGGGGAUAGAUGCCAAAGACGCCCAGCAGGCGUGGCUUGCAUUGCCAAAGACUGGCAGCCUGAUGUCAAUGGUCGACCAUUUCUGUACGGAAGAGACAAGAGCAAUGAGCCCAAGAGAACCAAAGUGGUCAAGAAGUAUCAGAAGGCCAAGAACACCAAGGUCACUCUUAGAUAUAAGCUCGCCAAAAAGAACUAA